AUGUUCUUCGCAACAACAUCAGUGCACAUUCUCGCCUUAUUUGCUGUUGUUCCAAUGUUUUGGACAAGAGCAAAACCGGAGGUCAUCUCCAAUAAUCCCGAGAAAGGAGACAUAUUGCAACUUUGGAAUCUCCAAGAGAAUGGCACGAGGGCUUACAAUGCCCUGCUCCAGUCUUCAUAUAGAAAAUGGUAUAUUACUAACGAAGAUGGAAACGUCCUCAUACCAGCCAUUGUUACUGGGAAAUUCAGUGAGCAUUUGCAGUAUUCAGUAAGAGUGUUGUAG